CCAGCGUAGCCUACUUGAACUGGACACAAGGAGCUUAAUUGUUUCUCGAUGCAAACUUCCCUAAGUCUGUGUGUACAGUAGAGGAUUAUGGAGAUCUGUCUCACACUCAUUUUACUCUCCUCUACAGUAAUGAUUAUUACUGCUGAUUUGAAUGUGAGGUUGGUGAAUGGUGACAUUCGUUGUUCUGGUAGAGUUGAGGUUCUUCAUGAUGGUCAGUGGGGAACAGUGUGUGACGAUGGUUGGGAUCUGACAGAUGCUGCAGUGGUGUGUAGAGAGGUGAACUGUGGAGAGACUUUACAGGCUCUGGGUGCUGCUUACUUUGGACAAGGAUCAGGACCAAUCUGGAUGGAUGAUGUGAACUGUAGAGGAUCAGAGUCCUCACUGAAGAUCUGUAGUUCAAGAGGAUGGGGUGCUCAUGACUGUGGUCAUCAAGAAGAUGCAGGAGUCAUCUGCUCUGAUGGACAGUCAAGACUUGUUAAUGGACCUCAUCUGUGUUCUGGAAGAGUCGAGCUGCUUCGUGGGAACACCUGGAUGUCAGUGUGUGAUGCUGUGUUUGAUGAUCAGGAUGCAGAGGUUGUGUGUAGAGAGCUGAACUGUGGGGUUCCUGUACAGCUGCUGGGUGCAGAUACUUUUGGUAAAGGAGAGUGGCAGGUGUGGACACAAGAGAUUCAAUGUACCGGUGAAGAGUCUCAUAUAUCGUUUUGUCCAUCAUCACCUUCUCUGAAAGACAACUGCACACAUGAGAAUGAUGUGGGACUGGUAUGUUCCGGUUACACAGCACUCAGACUGGUAAAUGGUCCAGACUCUUGUUCCGGUCGUGUUGAGCGUCAGUAUUUCAGUAAAUGGGGCUCAGUUUGUGAUGAGUGCAUGAAUAUGAGAGCUGCCAAUGUUCUCUGUAGAGAGCUGAAUUGUGGGAUUGCUGUGUCUGUUGUGGGAGUGGACUGGUUUGGAGAGGGAUCUGGUGAAAUCUGGGCUGAUGUGUUUGAUUGUCAGGGGAAUGAAACAAAACUCUCAGAAUGUUCAAUCUCUUCAUGGAGUCGAGCUGAAUCCUCUCAUAAACAAGAUGUUGGAGUCAUUUGUUCUAGUGAGUGAACUUCACUCUGUCAUUAACAUGAAGUUACUGUAGUGUGAUCGUAAUCAAUCUGAAAAUGUCAAAUCCUUUCUCCAGAUUCCUCUCUGUCUCUUCAUGAUGGUCGAGUGAGGUUGUCUGGAGAGAGAGAGUGUGAGGGUGAGGUGGAAGUUUA